UGAAAUGGUAUAUUUUAGUAUAAAACUCUGGUCCCACUCCGGCAGCGGCUGCAUUAAAACAACAAAAGAUAUUUCGCGAAAAAAUGAUUUUAACUCUGCUAAAUGGCACCGGUUUCAUUUUCAACGUCAAUGAUUACAUGGAACUGCGUAGCAAACACCGAAUAAUGGGUGCUCCUGUGGGCACGGCAAAUACCAAGGGCUGGAGUCCCAAUCAGUCGACUCUCCCCGUGGAACUGUCCAAAUUCGAAACUCAAUUGGUUUUGGAUGAGCACAUAGCCCAAUUGGUGGAUAAAUCUCAGGCUCUGAAGGCUCCACCCACACCAGAAAAACUACAAGAAUAUCAGGCAGAUUUCGAGUCACGUUUGGUGGCACAAGAAACCAGUCUCAAGAGGGAAAAGCUCCGGGAAACAGAGCGAUAUAUGGAUAAAAUACUGACAGGGAAGCGCAACAAGUUGUUGAAGCAAGGAAACAUGGAUAAAGCUGCUGCUUUAACCGCUGAAGAUGUACUGAAAGAAAUGUCGGAUAACUUCAAGUUUGAUCGUCAAAAUGCCUUGGUGGAGCUGCCCUGCGAACACUUAAGAGAGCAUUCUGGGGAAAAAAUCUACGGACCCCUGGUGGACACCAACUCCCUUAAAUAUAGAAUUUUUAAAGAUCUUUGGAAGCGUGGAAAGUUUGUGACCUCUGGCGAUGCUUUUGGAGCGGACUUUCUGGUCUAUCCUGGAGAUCCUCUUAUAUAUCACGCCUCGCACAUCGUAAUUGUCCAGGAUACACCUGUAAUUAAGCCCCUGGAACUGGUAGCAAAGGUGCGCUUGUCUGUGAUUGUCAACAAGAGUUGCGUCUUUGCUUAUGAUAGCGAAGAUAGCAAGGAGAUUCAUUACCAAACGGUGUCCUGGUGGAAUCCUAGCAAGUGAGGAACAACACAAUGGCAAUUUCGUGAAAGCAGCGCGCGAAGAAGGAAGAAGCAGCAGGAGCAAAAGCAGAAUCAGCAGC